AUGACCAACGGCGUGGCAAAUCAUCAUCGAAUAUCGAUCAUCUCUUCAUUCGGCUAUUUCUAUCCUCCACAUGGAUCCACCGGACUAGGCAGACCGGCACCCACUCCACAGUCGAGUACUUCGACUACACCGCUGAGGACCUUUGGAGAAGCGACGCCUUCUCCCAUUCUGGACAACAUUGCUCGCAUUACGACUCGUUCAAAGACGACUACCCAGGACAACUCCGACUCAUCGCGAUCUUCACCACCGGAAACCGUAAGUCCAGUUGAUCCUGUUCUACUCGGUGGAGGCAUGUCCUCAACCGAGGUUAAUGCCUUAUCUCAAGCUCAUAGCGGCCUUACCCUCGGGAAGCUCGCACCUAAACACAUAGAUUAUUUUUCUGGGGAAAAUUUCCAAGACUUUAACGAAUGGCAUCGUCAGUUUGAAGACAUCAUACGCACUUCCGUAGUCCCACUUCCCGAGCAAGGUAAAGUAAAUACGCUGUAUGCAACUCUAAGAGGUGAGGCGCGCGAUGUUAUAGAUGAAAUGCAACCUGAAGAUAGGAAUAACUAUGACAAAAUCAUUUCAUUUCUUCGCUCGCAUUUUGAGAAACCACAGUUUCAGGAUGCUGCCAAACGCGAAUUAGCUAAUUGUAGGCAAAACGCAGGGGAAGAUGUCUAUUCUUACAGUAAGCGCAUAAAAAAGGCCGUGUAUAACUUCAUGCGCCACGAACCUCAAACUAAAAUUCAACAAAAACUUCUGGAAGAGUUUGUGGAACGCCUAAGAUUAGACUUGAAAUUUUUUGUUCGACCACAUAAAUGUAAAACUUUUGAGGAUGCCCUGGAGAAAGCGGCGGAUUAUGAAGCGCUCCACAAGGAAGCAUCCGACAACAACUUGGUCUACCAUCCAGAGCUGCACAUAUUCGUCCCGAAGGCCGACCUGACGAGAAGAACGACACCGGAAACCAUUCAAGAAAGAAUGGAUCCACCAAUGGCCGACAACUUCAGACCAAGAGAGGUAAGGCAGUUUUCAAAUGGAUUCAAUAGAUCCGCUGGGGUACGUCCUCAAAAUUCUAACGUAACAUGCUAUAAGUGCGGUAGAAACGGUCAUUUUGCUAAUGUAUGUCGUACUAGCAUGCCUCCCCCACGUAAUAACUUUAACAAUAGGCGUCAGUUCCCCAUCAGGAAUAACCCCCAACCAAAUUCAAAUUAUAGACCGAAUCCAAGAGAACGCAUAGAUCACUCUAGACCUAUUGCGCAACGUAAUCCGAUAUCUCAACAACAUCCAGAUACUUAUGACAGGUCUAAUGUGCUAGCAGUUGAGCAGACCCCAGCGCCAGAUACCACUAAUCCUUGUAACCAAUCUCUGCUCGAGGAAAAAGAUGCCCAUAUUGCGGCACUAAUCGCCAGAAACAACGCGUUAGCAGACAUUGCGUAUGCAACCCGUGAACAAAACACUCAUAGCAAUAGCGAAGAGACAUCUCGACGCACAUUUUCCUCAUCGUCCAAUUCUUCUAAACUUCCGUAUACUAUGCUAGUGGUGCUUGCGUUGGCAGCUCAAGCCUCUGCUUUUGAAUUGCCUCCUGCGACACUCAGGCAACCGGCGUCACAGUGGGCACGGUCGACAGUGCGCAAGGAUCUGAACGAUCCGUAG